AGGCGGCGGGAAUGGUGCGGAUCACAGAAGAAUUGGUGAGACAACGGGCGGAACAUAACAAUUGUGAACUGUUCUCUUUGGAAGAAGUUUCCCUGCAUCAACAGAACAUAGAGAAAAUUGAACAUCUGGACAAAUGGUGCCGAAAUUUAAAAAUUCUCUAUCUCCAAAAUAACUUGAUCUCCAAAAUUGAAAAUGUGAGCCGACUGAAGAAGCUUGUAUAUUUAAAUCUGGCUUUAAACAACAUUGAAAAAUUUGAAAAUUUGGAAGGUUGUGAAGAUCUGCAGAAGCUGGACCUGACAGCAAAUUUCAUUGGAGAAUUGUCUAGUCUGAAAAUAUUGAAAAAUAAUAUACACCUCGAAGAGCUGUUCCUCAUAGGAAAUCCAUGCACUGAUUUUGAAGGCUAUAGGCAGUUUGUGGUUGCUACCCUACAACAACUUAGAUUUUUGGAUUGCAAAGAGGUAACCCGGUCAGAAAGGAUUCAGGCUUUACAGCACUACCCUGAGCUGGAAAGAAAAAUCUACCAGCAGGAGCAAACCUAUCGCCUGAAAAGAGAAGAAGAAAAAAAAGAGGCAGAAAGACGGAUGCUAGAAAAGCAGAAGGAAAGGAAGGAGAAGAAGAGAGGACAGCAUGUGGGGUUUGAGCAACGAUCACAGACAGAUAUUAAGACACCCAUCUAUUACUCCGUAGAAGGAGCAGAGAACCACCACAAUUGUGAAGGAGAUGGAGAAUUUCGUAAAUUAAUACUUGAGGAUGAUGAUGAAGACAGAGAGUUUUGGGAUGAACCGGUGCCUCAUACUCCAGAGGCCAGGUUAGAGAUUCACCAGUAUCUUGAAGAGAAAAGGAAAGAAAAGGAAAAUAGAGAACAAGGAAACAAAGAGAAAUCUCUGCGGACUUUGAUCACGCCAGAAGGAAGAGUUUUGAAUGUAAAUGAAACCAAGCUUCCUUUCUCCUUGGAAGAUGACGAAGAAAACAACCGGUUCAUCUUGGAUCUUGGUGUUUACAGACAUUUGGACAUCUCCUUCCUUAAUGUUGAUGUGCAGCCCACUUAUGUCCGGGUAAUGGUCAAAGAAAAGGCAUUUCAACUUGUGCUACCUGAAGAAGUAAAGCCAGAUAGCAGCAUUGCUAAAAGAUCUCAGACUACUGGACAUUUGGUUAUCAACAUGCCAAAGGCUAAAGAUGUGGUAGUAACUAGCCAAAAAGCAUCCAUUUCUGAGAAAACAUUUGAUCCCAGGAAACUGCAAAGAAAUCUAAGAAGACACGAGGGUCUGGAGAAGUUGGAAAUAGAUCCUACCAAAUAUUCCUUCCCUGACGUGACAAAUAUCGUCCAUAAAAAGGACCAAGCGGGGCAAGGACCUUUAAGGCUUCAGCAGCCCAAAGCUGUAGAUGCCGAGAACUUGAGCUUUGAAGACAACCCAGAAGUUCCACCUUUAAUUUAGAGAACUAAUGCAGAGACAGCUUCUUUCACGGUUAGAACAUCAUUAAGGUGCAUAAUUUCUGUCUAACAUUCUUCUGUGUACACACACAUACUUAUUUACUAUUCUUCUCUCUGGUGGAAAUCGAAAUUCUUGCCCAAAUCUGU